AGUUCAUUCAAUACCUGUGUAGAAUAUAUAUAUUUAGAGAGAGAAAUCUAGUGAUCAGAGAUGGCGAUGAAGCGUUUAUCAGCGUCUGCGAUCCGUGCGUUUACCUCGUCGGGAAAUUCUAAACAAUCGGCUUUAUUAACCAGACGCAUCCAUGAUCAAGCAUCUACUGGGAGCCAAAAGAUAGUGGGGGUAUUUUAUAAGGCUAAUGAAUAUGCAGUAAAGAACCCUAAUUUCCUAGGAUGUGCUGAAAAUGCUUUGGGAAUCAGCAAAUGGUUGGAAUCACAAGGUCAUCAGUAUAUUGUUACUGAUGAUAAAGAAGGACCCAACUCUGAAUUGGAAAAGCAUAUCUCUGAUAUGCAUGUGUUGAUAACAACGCCAUUUCAUCCUGCAUACGUUACUGCGGAGAGGAUAAAAAGGGCGAAAAAUCUGAAACUUGUACUCACAGCUGGAAUUGGUUCUGAUCAUGUAGACUUGAAAGCAGCUGCGGCUGCUGGGUUAACAGUUGCUGAGGUUACUGGUAGCAAUGUUGUGUCGGUUGCUGAAGAUGAGCUGAUGAGGAUUCUGAUUUUGGUUAGGAACUUUAUACCUGGUUAUACUCAGGUGAUUAAUGGUGAAUGGAAUGUUGCUGGUAUUGCUUACAGAGCUUAUGAUCUUGAAGGAAAGACUGUUGGAACAGUGGGUGCUGGACGAAUUGGGAAGCUUUUACUUCAAAGGUUGAAACCUUUCAACUGUAAUCUUCUUUAUCAUGACAGGUUGAAAAUGGAACCUGAAUUGGAGAGUCAAAUAGGUGCAAAGUUCGAAGAAGACCUUGAUUCCAUGCUUCAGAAAUGUGAUAUCGUCGUAAUCAACACUCCCCUAACUGAAAAAACAAAAGGGAUGUUUGAUAAAGAGAAGAUCUCGAAGAUGAAAAAGGGUGUUCUUAUAGUUAACAAUGCAAGGGGAGCAAUCAUGGAUACUCAAGCUGUUGUUGAUGCUUGUUCAAGUGGACAAAUUGGAGGGUAUAGUGGAGAUGUUUGGUACCCACAACCAGCACCUAAGGACCAUCCAUGGAGGUAUAUGCCUAACCAGGCUAUGACCCCUCACAUUUCUGGCACAACAAUUGAUGCCCAGAUUCGAUAUGCGGCGGGGACAAAGGAAAUGUUGGAGAGGUACUUCAAGGGAGAAGAAUUCACACCCGAGAAUUACAUCGUAAAGGAAGGGGAACUCGCGAGCCAGUACCGUUAAGUUAAGUCGAUCUCAACAGAAUGGAUGAAAGUUGUCCCAUUUUGAGUUAGCUGUCUUUUGUUUUUGUUUAGUUUUGGGUUGUAUUUAUAAGGCUCUUUUAGAGAAUUGCAAACUAAUGGGUCCUGGUAUGUUGUUCCUUCUAUAGUGGGGACACAAAUAAAAAUUUCAAGAGCUUUUGGA